AUGAAAAGAAAAACUUCGUUUUUCAUUUUUCCUGUUAGUUCUAGCAAAUUUUUACAUUUGUCAACAAUUCCUUCAUCUAAUCAGAAAACAAUCAAGAUUACUGACCUCCCACUUGAAAUUUUCAUUGAAAUAUGUAAUCAUCUUACGCCUAUGGCUCUUUUCUCAAUGAUGUGUGUUUGCAAACAAUUUCAUUACUGGCUAAAUUCUACCACAUCAUAUAUUACUCGUGAAAUCUGGCGCGUUUCAAGAUUAAAGUUUCUUGAAUAUUUACAACUUGCCCCACCUAGAUCUAUGGAUGAAAUUUCGUAUAUUAAGUUGGCUAUGUUACAAAAAGGUUGUCAAUUUUGCUCGAGUAAACGAGAAACUCCUAAAACUCCAUCAUGGGCAAGAAAUCCUAUUGAUGUCGCUUUAGUAUUACCUCACGAGUAUAUUGUUCCAUAUGGUCAGAUAUUUAAAGUUCGUGCCUAUUUGGCCAGUGAUGUAAGGGCUAUACAUCGAGAAUGUAUUUCCGUAUCUUUAGAUAAUAUAAUAGAUUGGAUCAGAUGCAAACAACAAUUGGCAACUGAGAUUAUAAAUGAUGCUGAAAUACGUGAGAAAGUUGACGAAGAAAUUUUAAUAUCAAAAAUCAAAGAAAAUCGAAGAAUAUUUGAUACUACAAUUUCAACUUUGUUAAAUACAAAGAAUGAAUAUGGUCAUCAAAAAUAUUUAGAAAAAUAUAUUUUGAUGUUACCAUCUUACAAAAAGGCCAAAGAUGGAUUAUCGAAACCUUUCAUGACAAAUCCUUGGUCGAAUUUAUUGGACAAUAUGAAAUGUGAAUAUUUCAAGUUAAUGAAACUACGUCGUCGUCGUCAGAUCAUUAGCACACUUCUAUCACUUAUAACAUCUCAUGAUACUCUUUCUUCUAAAAUUUCUUUAUCUGAUCCAAUUGUCGAUUGUAUUCAUUGGUGUCCUUCUUUUAUAAAUCCUCCUUAUGUCAAUGAUGAUCCUUUUAUUCCAUGGUCAAAGGAAUUUUUGGUUGAAACCUUGAUUCAACAAUUAAGGAAAGAAGCAAGAUUAUUACUAAGGAACAAAAAUUUUUUACGCCCUGGUCCAUUCACAAGUGUACAUGGUGCAAAAAAUCUCUUCUCUUGUUUGUACUUGGAUGAAAAAUCUUAUAAAUGCAAACUUUGUUGGAGUGAUUUCACUACCUCAUAUACCUAUAAGAAAAUUUACAUUCAUCUGAUAAGUUGUCGAUGGAGACGUUCGAUUGAGAAUAUUGAUGAAGAAAAAAUGAUUGAGGUGGACAGAUCUGUGGUUCAUAAGUAUAUUCCACAAUGGUUUAAAUAUUUUAAAACAGAAUAA